CCACAGAUGAGCUCUGAAGGGAUGAAAGCUGGGAACAAUGUUUCCACAGUGAUGCAGUUUGUACUCCUGGGAUUUUCUGACCUUCCAAACCUCCAAGGCCUACUAUUUGGACUGUUCUCCAUCAUUUACAUUAUUAUCCUAAUUGGAAAUAGCCUUAUAAUAAUAAUAACCAGGCUUGACCCUGCACUACAGAAACCCAUGUAUUUUUUCCUGGCAAAUCUUUCCUUCUUGGAAAUCGGUUAUGUGUCCGUCACUCUCCCUAGGAUCCUGCUGAACCUCUGGACUCAGGAUAGAAGCAUUUCUGUGCUGGCCUGUGCGGCCCAAAUGCGCUUCUUCCUGCUGCUGGCAGCCACAGAGUGUCUCCUCCUGACUGUGAUGGCCUAUGACCGCUACGUGGCCAUCUGUCGCCCUCUGCACUAUCCCCUAGUCAUGAGCCUCGACGUCUGUGUCCGAAUGGCUGUUGGCUCCUGGAUCGGUGGAAUCCCAGUGCAGAUAGGACAGACAUGCCAGAUUUUCUCUCUGCGUUUCUGUAAUUCUAACCAGAUUAACCACUUUUUCUGUGACAUCCCUCCCAUUCUCAAGCUAGCGUGUGGAGACACUUCAGUACAUGAGAUUUCGGUCUAUGCAGUAGCCAUACUGUUUGUUGCAGCCCCUUUCGUAUUGAUACUCGCCUCUUACAGCAAAAUCAUUUCCACCAUUCUGCAGUUGCCUGGAGUCCAAGGACGGGCCAAGGCUUUCUCCACGUGUUCUUCCCACCUGCUGGUUGUGCUUUUAUUCUUUGGAUCUGCCAUUAUCACCUAUUUAAGGCCCCAAACCAAUCACUCUGCAGGAAUUGACAAACAGCUCUCUCUUUUCUACACCAUAGUGACUCCAAUAUUUAGCCCCGUGAUAUACACCCUUAGGAACAAGGAUGUGAUUGCUGCACUGAGAAAAUUAUUACUUAAAAAAUAA